ACACCCAAGAAAGACAAAAAUCACAACAAAAUUUAUUUUGUAGAUAACAUGUUGACCAAGUACUAAAUUAUUAAAUUUAUAGACUUGUGUGAGGUGUGGCUCCUGCCAAAUUCAGUAGCCAGAGUAGCUGCCAUUGUUGGAGAUCACCACUGCCCCCACAUGUUUUCUAUCGGUGAAAGAUCCGGAGAGCGAGCUGGCCAGGGAAGUAAUUCAAUCUGGCGAUUGACGAAGAACCCUCGGACAAUGCGUGCCACGAGUGUUCGCGCAUUAUCCUGUUGAAAUAUGACUGUGGGCAAGCUCUGAAAGCAAGGAAGGACAACUGACUGCAGUACCUCGGAGAUGUAACGAUGUCUAUUUAAAGUACUGGCAAUGUUUACUAGAGGAGUGCGAGAAUGAUGUCCAAUACCGCCCCAUACCAUAAUACCCGGUGCAGGACCAGAGUGGCGGUGCAUAACGCAGCUGCUCAGCAUCCUCUCCCCAAGGUGUCUCCAGACUCGAAUGCGACCAUUGCGGUGUUGCAGUUUUUUUCUUGCUGAAGAUAUACUGAGAAUAUGGUUUACAUGAAAUAUUUUUGUGAUGGAUUGACUCCAGAACUGAUGAAGAGAGCUGAAGAUGAGUUAGGAGAAACUGAUGAGGUUAAGAUGAAAUGCCUAGCGGAAAUCAAAAACUUAAUAAAUGAUGAAGAGGACUUUCAUCCUUGCAUGGAUGAUAUUUUUCUUCUCAGAUUUCUGCGAGUUAAAAAGUUCAAAACAGACAAAGCGUUCCAAUCUCUGAAGGAUUAUUAUGUGUACAAAGCUCAGUAUUCUGGUAUUAUUUCCGAUCGCUUACCAUCUGAUAUAAGACACGUCUUUGAACACGGAGAAUCUACCAUACUGGAACACCGGUAUAAAGAUGGCGCUGGAGUAUUCGUUGCUCGUGUGGGCUACUACGAUACCAAGAGAUUCACCUCUGACGGGCAAAUAACUUUAAUGUUAAUUGCCACUGAAGUAGGAUUACGAGUUGAAGCAACGCAAAUCACUGGUUAUUCUGUCAUUGUAGACUUUGAUAACUUCAGCAUAGAGAAAGCAAGACAUUUUGGUACUCCAAGAGCUAUCUACCGUAUAAUCAUAACUAUCUUGAGGAGCAUGCCUUGUCGAAUUAAAUCCUAUCACAUUGUAAAUGAAGCAAGAUUUGUAAGUGGAAUGUUGAGCGUUGGAAUGCAUCUUGUGUCAAAGAAAUUAAGGAAAAGAAUUCAUUUCCAUGGGAGAGAUUUGGAGAGUCUUCACAAAUUCUUAUCACCAGAAAUCCUUCCAGAAGAGUAUGGAGGACAACAAGGGCCCUUGAAGAAAUACGCAACAGCAUUUGGGGAAAGAGCUUUGAGCCUUGAAGAACAUUUUAAGGAAAUGAACAAAUAUGGAUACAAGGGAAAAACUCUUGAAAAACUCAGGAAGUGAAUUUCAAAUUUAUGUAAACUGAAUUGGAUUUUGCGGCAAUGAUAAGCUCAAAAUUGCGUUUAUUACAAAAAUGGUAAGGGUUGCACUUAAAAAAUGAGAGGUAGUUAGAUCACCAUCGCACAUAAUGUACUACAUAUAGUGUAUUCUAAUAGAAGAAGUCAGAAGCUUAUACGACUUCAAUUUGUAUUUUUAAUCACAAACAAAUAGUACAAAGAGUUCAUUGAUAAGUGCUAAUUUCUCUCUUCAGGCUUAAAAUAAAAACUUUUUUGUUAUUUAAAAGUAGAAUUUUUUAUUAUUUAAUGUGAUCGAAAUUCCAAUUCGGAAUUUCUAAUUUCAUCGAAUCUUUAAAUAUUGAUUUUAUAUCAGUUUUUAACUGAUCAAGGUGAUCAGUAAAAAUCAGGAUUUUAUUUUCAAGAAUCUCGAUAUCUGCCAUUGAACACUUUUUAAGAGCUGGAAAUUGCAUUAGCUCUUUGCGACCCAUGUUUGACUUGUAUAUAUCAAACUUGGCAAUGAAUGAAGAUAUGAUUCCCUUAGCCUUGAUUAUGUUAAUUUAUGUCCUUGAAGUUUUGCGUUGAUUUCGUUCAUUUUUUCAAAAAUAUCCUUGAGGUACGCAGUUUCCAAAUUGCGUUGCUUCAAACUCUCACUUAAAGUGAUCAGUGGUGUCGAGAAACUCAGUAACCGAGUCAAACAAUUCGAAGAAACGGCGCAAACAGUUUCCUUUUGAAAGCCAUCUCACAGCUGUAUGUAGGCGCAAGCGUUCGAAAUCUUCAUCCUUUUCAUGGCAAAGUUCUUGGAACAAACGGUCAUUAAGAGAAUUAGCUUUGAAUUUAUUGAUGCCAGAAAUAACAAAUUGUAAAGUGUCAGGCAGGGCACCACUCAACUUUUUUUGCAGCCAAAUGUUGACGAUAAAUGACACAAUGAAUGGUGAUAACCUCCGGUACUUCUUUUUUAAGGUGUGCAGGAAACCCAGUAUGACGACCAGACAUGGCAGGAGCACCAUCUGUUAAACAGGCACUUACAGUUGUAAGGGAAAUUUAUUUUUCCUCAAAAUAAUCUUUGACCAAUUUAAAAAUCGACGACCGUUUUGUAUCAGUGAUCAACGUUUUUGUUAACAACAUUUCCUCGUUAAUCUCACAGUUGAUUCAUCAAUCUGCAACGCAAAUUUACCUUCUUUUAAAAAUUUGAUGAGUUUUGAUUAAUGCGGCAAUCUUAUCAAUUCGCCUGAAUACAGUAUUGCGACACUGAUGUCUGGAGUUUUCCUGAAAACCGCUGAGUUAUCUAGUGAUAAAUGUUUCGUCUAUUAAUCCUUUUCUCCUAUUACAUGCCUUUUAAAAUCGGAGGUAUAGGAAUGAGACGAGAGAGGAGCAUUUGAGGAGAAGAAGGUAUAUAAAAGACUAUGACUUUCAACAAAAGAGAAUUCCUGAGGGUCUGAUUUCCGCUUGAGAUACCAAAACGUAUGACGAAAACGAUCCGGAACAUUAAGUUUUUUAAUUUUUAGCUAUCAUAAUUCUUUGUCUACACCAGAACCAUAAGUUUUCAUAUAUGUUUUCCAUUUCGAUCUCAAAUAGCUUUUGUUAUUAAUAUUUUUCAGCAAUUUUUAUCUUUUGAAUACUCGUCGCCCCCUGAUCGCCCCCCUAAGGAUUAUCGCCCCCUUGAGGUGCUCUAUUGCCCGCAGAUUGGGAACCACUGGUCUAGAGUAUCAGUAAAAAAAAUUCUAAUAAAUAAAGAUCUCGAAGCUUAAUAAAUUUUCAAAUAAAAAUACAGAUCAACAGAGAUGCUUAGUAUAGGUCCUGUGAUAAUAGGUUUUUUAUUACUGCUUUGCGUUGAUUUCUUUAAAAUAUGCACAAAUUAAACGAUCGUCUUAAUUUUCGUCACUAGAUGCAUUGAAAGAGUUUACGAAAAUCGACUGACGAUUAUCGGUACGUAAAGCUUCAAGUGGAAGUAGAAGAGCUAAGCUUUUCAUUGUAUACUUACCAUGAACUACAAUACUUAAAGACGUUCCACUCUGACGUAAACAUGACUCUAGUCUAAAAAUUUCUCAUGACCAUACGGGCUCCUACGCCCUCUAGCAUAACUCAAAAUGAAAUUAUUGGUUGAUACAGAGAUGCGAACUUGCUCCCGACAGAAAAUAUAUAUUUUAAAGUGGUAGUUUAUAAAUUUUGAUUCUUGGUUUAAUAAAUUCAAUUUAACAGAUUUUUAUCCACCACUACUUCUAAAAAAUUCGUAGGGUUAUAUAAUUCACCACCUAAUACUAUUAAUGUCCCGCCAUACCUUCUAAAAAGCAAGCAAAUAUAAUCAAAUAUUUGAAAAAUUUACAGUUAUUUACCGCUAUUUAAUAAUUAUUUUGGCGUGUCCGGAGCGGUAUGCAUCUCUGGUUUAUAUUAUAGAUUAUAAUUGAUACUCUACGAUUAUACUUUAGUGUGUAAAAUAAUUUUGUUUAUUUUCGAAUGAUUAUAUCAAGAAAGAUGAUUAUAUUUGUAAUAUGAAGGAAUAAAAUGUACUUAUCUGGUAUAAUUAGUUCCAUAGUUAAGUUUUGUCUGCUUCAUUACAAUAAAUUUUCUUUUGAAUGAAAAUGCAUUUGCGUGG